GCUGCCCGCAAGAGCGCUCCGGCCACGGGCGGAGUGAAGAAGCCUCAUCGCUACAGGCCCGGCACGGUGGCUCUGCGGGAGAUCCGCCGCUACCAGAAAUCCACCGAGCUGCUGAUCCGCAAACUGCCCUUCCAGCGCCUGGUGCGAGAGAUCGCUCAGGACUUCAAGACCGACCUGCGCUUCCAGAGCUCGGCGGUGAUGGCCCUGCAGGAGGCCAGCGAGGCUUACCUGGUGGGGCUGUUUGAGGACACCAACCUGUGCGCCAUCCACGCCAAGCGGGUCACCAUCAUGCCCAAAGACAUCCAGCUGGCCCGCCGGAUCCGCGGGGAGCGCGCCUAAACGGAGCCUGGCCGGCCCUGCACAU